AUGCCACAGGAGGACCAGAAAGACUUCAAGAUGAAGCCCAAUACUAUCACACAACGUCUUAGCGCAGCGCUUCCUAUCAUCCGCGACAUUUGUAAUAUCUCCGGUGUCCCUGCAGCCUCGAUUGGCGUUAUUCACAAGGGCCAGACUAUAUACCUUGAGAACAUUGGCUAUCGAAAUGUUGCGGACCAGCUUUCGCCCACGGCAGACACUCUGUACGGUUUGGGCUCGCUGACGAAAGGUUUUGUCGCCGCAAGCCUGGCCCAGCUUCUCCUCCAGCAUCCGUCUGUGACAUGGACGACACCACUACAAGAUAUCUGGCCAGAGUAUCACCCACAGCAACCGGGCCUGAACGGUGAUGUGUCUCUGGUUGAUUUUCUCUCGCAUCGAACUGGGCUUUCCGGUGACAUGUCUGUUGCCCUGCAGGGCGACAUGGAGUUUCUUCUCCAGCCGUCCGAGGUGGCUCCGACUGUGUCGCAGCUUGAUGUUGCGGCGCCUUUGCGGCAAUCGUGGCUGUACAACAAUUGGGGGUACAGUGUGGCAGGUAAAAUCAUUGAGAAGCUCUCUGGUAAGCCUGCGCACCAGUACAUCCGCGAAUCUAUACUCUUACCUCUUGGCCUCUUCAACACUACUAUGAGACCUAUUCUGGAUCAGCACACGGACUUUGCCGACGCCUACACCGCACUCGAGAAUGCAACUACCUACUGUCUUCCUAGGAAUUUUCCGUUCUUAGGAAGCCUGUUUGAAACGGCCGGUGGCAUGUAUUCAACCAUCAAUGACAUGCUCAAGUAUUGUCAAGCUUUGCUCCAGUCGCAGAUUGACCCGCGGUACAGUCCACUGAGCAAUUUAGAUAUGCUGUUCCAAGGCCAUAUCCCACUGGAUACAUCUGUGGAGAGUUAUGGCUCGUACGGUAUGGGCUGGAUCGAAACUCACCUGCCAGGCGUGGUUGGGCUUCAAGGUGACAAUGCAGAGCUCUUCCCGUGGGACGAGCUUCCCUACAUCAACAGACCCCAAGAACCUACCAAGUCCAUACGUACUUUUUACCAUCAAGGCGCAGGGAUAGGGUAUUACUCCGCCAUCUACCUCUUUCCCGAAACGGAAACGGGAUUCGUCGUGCUGACCAAUUCCAUGCCUCUCAACGACGCUGCAGACUGGAUCGCACAGGUUAUUGCAGCCGCUAUUCAUGGAUUUGAGUCCAGUGAAGACUAUGUGGAGCUCGCCAAGGAGUCUCGUCGACGCAAGGUCGGCAAGGUCGCUACUAUGAUGGCCGAACUCGAAAAGACUAGAAAAGAAUUCCACGAUGUCAUCCCCCGGCCGGUAGCAGCUUAUUGCGGCGACUAUUACAAUGCACUUGGAAACUUUUAUGUUCAUAUCGAGCAACGCGAGGAUAAUUCCGGUGUCUUGGAGGUCUUAUUUCAAGGAAAGGAUACCCAAAGAUAUGAGCUUCGUCAUCUUAAUGACGACAUUUUCGAGUGGGCACUCAGCUACGACGAGCAGGCUCGACGAGCGAGAUUUACGGCAUGGGAGCAGAGUUAUUUUAAUGUUGCGUUUCAGUUCAAUACCGAAGGCAAUGCCAUUGCUCUAAAAUGGGGCGAGUUCUUUUCACUUGUAUCUCCGAAAUUGGCCAAAUCGACCUUUUUAAUCUCGCUCGCUCUUAAGUCACCUGCUUCUCUUACGCCGCAGUUCGCAGCCAUGACUGGUAUUGAGGAGGAAGACUUGGCCAUGGAGGGCAAUUUUAUCGAGUCGACUAAUGGACGAAAGCAGCCAUGGAAAGAUUUCAUCCACGAGGCAUGUCAGAGCGAGCAUAUAGUUCCUGUGCUGGAAAAUGACUUGUACUGUAACAUCUGCGGGAAGAUGAAGGAUGACAAAGGAAACUGCGGCUGCACAGGAUUCUUGACUGCGUAG